CAUCGUCCCAGACCGGAGAAAGCAAUUACUACUUAUCUCCUGAGCUGAUUCCCUUUUUCGGAUGACAGAUAUUACUUCGUACAUCAACAUAUUGUCAUCUGAGUCUUUUGCUGCAUGUUGGUCCUGUUUCUGCAUAUUACCCACACCGGUCAACGAUGCACCUCCCGAAUGGUCUCGGCCGCAAGGAUCCGCGAUACUUGCUCGCUGGAUUCGUUGGGACGUCUUUGCCUGUCAGCCACAAAGCAUGGCGUCGUCCUAACUUGCGCCCGUCUCAGGCUGUCCCCCCGUAUCCGUACAAAAGGCAAUGUUACCCACCUUUACAGACGAUUUCAUAUGAUACACACCUACUUAAGCUUUCCCACAGUCUUUAAACAACUUGUGGCUUGGUUAUUGGGCCAUCGCCGAAAUGCCACUCUCAACCUUGCCCGUCGAACUGGUCCGCUAUGUCGGUAUGCUGCUUCUCCCAGAGGAGCCAUACAGCACACGCCCAGACAGCUUUUACUCAGCCGAUUUCAUUGAAAACAAUCGUACGCUGCGGGCGUUGACAUACACAUGCCGCAGCACCAGGACGAUACUCGAGCCCUUGCUCUUUCGCUUCAUCUUGAUGACCGACGCCGCCGACAUCACUCACUUCUUCCUCUUGCUGGCCCAAAACCCACGCCUUCGUCCGUAUGUCAAACAUGUUGCAUGUCUCUCAGCCCUGGAUUGGAACACCUCGUCCGGAUGGUCAGCGUCUCGCAUCAGGGCUUGGAGGAUGUGGGAAGUGCGCUACGGUCUGGACAUGGGGUUCGCAGCCGUCAUGGCACACGCAGGCUUUGAGUUGGACUAUGGCAAUAUUUCGAACGUAUUCGAGGAAAUUGACAGCGACACGGACUAUGCUCCUCCUUUGGAUGAGCUUGUCAAGCUUAUGUUCGGCUCUGUACUUAUUAUGACCCCGGAGAUUGAGACGCUGUUCUUCCAUCACCGGCUCUCUCAUCAGGAUUUUAACCCGACCAAUGUUGUUGGUGGCAUCCUGAAUGAGGCUGUCAAUGGCCAGGACUAUGUGGUGAUGCCCAAAUUGCGGGUCAUGGAGCUCGGCACGCAAGAGGACGAACCCCUCGGGGAUGCCAUCGAGUUCUUCUUUGACGAGCCUGACAUGUGGAUGAACUUGCGAACACUUAUCAUCGACGAUAGUGACUUUGACGAUCAGUUCUUCCAAUUGUUGGUUGAGCGCUCCUUUGGGUCUGAGCUCCCCGUCGAAGAGUUGUAUGUCCGUGGUAAAGUAACCGGACCGCCAACUACACCCACAGAUUCGGUAGAUGGGGCUCUUGAUGAAUUUGAUCGGGAUACAAGCUUUGAGCACAUCCUGGAUGUGCUAGAAAAUGACUUUCAGCCUAAAAACGACGUGUUCUGCAACCUGCGUCUGCUCGACGUUGAUUUCCCCCCUCACCCAACGCGAGAGCGAAUCGGCUCCCGCGUCCUCAAACUCUUCCUCGCCGCUAUAGGCGGCGCCCCAGAGACUCUUCGACUAACCCGUCAUCCGUUCCCGACUGAGGCCCUAAGCACAGCUGUGCAAACCCGCCUCAAGGUCCUGGUUGUCAAGGAAUGCACAGACAUGCCUGAGGUACCGAGCAUCGACGAAAUGACAGAAGCCGUGGCGACACUAUCCCACGCGGGCCAGUCUUGCGUUCCUGAGUUGGAUUGGGUCUAUCUGAACGAAUCACGGAAGGAAAUGAGGAGCUAGGGUGCGGGAAUUGAGUUUGGCGGAUACAAAUCAGGAGGGUCUCGUCGAUUGAAUCGAUCGUGAUCUUGUGUCGGGACACCAUGAAUCACUCCACUAAAACGAAACAAAAGCUACAUGAUUGAGAUAUAUCGGGUAUGGGCUUGCAUAUCUACGAGUAUAAGUGUGUUGUUAAUUUAUUUAAAGUAAAUAAAUAC